AUGCCGAGUGAAUUGAAACAAGAGUGUAUUUAUCUAAGAUACAACUCAUCUCUUGACGUAUAUGCUAGACCCUAUCAUAAGGAAAUCGAAUCAAACGAAGGAGAGUUGGCGUCUAGAACUCCUACUUACUUUACUGAAAUUUUCAGCCAAGGAUGGCAGUCAAUGGCUAUGCGAUACAAAAAUAUCUCUAGAAAGGUUGAGAAAGACUGGAAAAUGGUUUACAUCGCCCGCAAACAGGGAACUGAAAGUCAUAAAGAGGGUGUAAUUGAAUGGGUCGUUGAUUUAACUGGAACUGAUUAUUGUGUCAAGGAUGUAACAUUGUUUGCUACCAUGGCUGCCUUUGAAGACAGGUCAAAAGUUGUUAUAGGAGUGAUAGAUGACAGUGGAAGGAGUCGAGAACUCACUCUUGGAUCGCCUCCUCUGACUUCCUGCCCCAUUUUUGCUGGUGCUAAAACUCUCCGUUUGUCAGCCCGACUCUAUAAUGAGAAGGAUAACGAUGACCCUUCGGUUUGGCAGAAAGCCCAACUUUUCCGCCAAAAGGCUAAAAAAGUCAAUGAGAAUGUGGGGCAUUUGACUAUCAUUCUACAGCCUAAUGCUCGGGUUGAUUGUGUUGAGGCUCGUGUGGAUUGUGUUGGGGGUGAUGCCACAGGGAUGUUGCGGUCUCGACGAACUGAUGCGACAUCGACAAUCAAUCCUGUCUUUAUGUCACAGCCUCGGGGUGGACCUGGUUGCAUAGGGAGUAGCCGACUUGCCCCUGGGUUGUCAUUGGAGAAGAGGUGCCGAAGACGUGAGGUGAUCUUGGAAGGAAUGACCGAUCAGCGUGCAGAAAUCGUUGGCUUUGAUGAGGGCAUUUACGGAGUUAGAAGGUGGUGUUGGUGGAGCGAAUGUACACUUUUGAAUCGAUUGUCUCCCUGGGUGGGCGUAUAA